CUCCUUACGUAUGCCUAGAUCAUAACUGUGUUGCAGGUGGGCCCAAGUGCAAUAUCGGGAAGAAUAUGCCUAACAUACAAAAGUAUCAUGGAGGGAAAUGCUGCCUGACCGACACUGUGUAUUGUAUUCCCACCAAUGCUGCCUGACCGACACUGUGUAUUGUAUUCCCACCAAAAAGGCCACAACAUGCUCUCUGUCAUGUGGCUGCCAGAUGUUCACACAUACAAAUCCAUGUGGCAUCUAUUGGCAGACGGAAAAUUUAAUCAUAUAAUUCUGUGCAGGACACAAAAGUAUUUCCUCUGAUUUCUCCCAUACUGCUGCUGUUCCCUUUGCAAAAUGGAACAACAGGAGAGGGGGAAUGCCAAGGGAAUGAGAACUGUGGAGUUCGAGGCACUACCUGAUUAUAUGCGAGACAAUGAAUAUAUCACUGGACAUUACAGGCUGGAAUGGCCGCUCAAGCACACACUUCUGAGCAUUUUCACCAUCCACAAUGAGACUCUCAAUGUCUGGACGCACCUGCUGGGUUUCAUAUUUUUUCUCUGUCUCACAAUAUACACUGCCACCAAGCUGCCAAAUGUUUCAGAUCUACCGGUUCCCAGCAAAGCUAAUCUCCAUAGAUUACAGAGUGAUGUUUACUCGUCACUUCCAUCUUUACCAAAUAUGGCAGAACUUCAGGCGGAGUUAAGGACAGCUUUGCCUAAUUGGGUUGGCAAUUGUCUCCCAGAAAAUAGCACUUCGCAUUCAAAUGGAACUGUACAUUGCAUCUUUCAAACGAUAAAAGAUGAUGUGGCAAACAUGGUUUAUCCACAUUCACAGAGACCAAUCACUCGGUGGCCUUUCUUUGUGUUCCUUGGAGGUGCAACAUUUUGUCUUUUAGCAAGCACCAGCUUUCACUGGCUUUGCUGCCAUUCAGAGAGAUUAUACAUGAUCUUUCUCCGACUGGAUUAUUCAGGGAUAGCUGCCUUGAUAGCUGCUUCUUUUUAUCCGCCAGUUUAUUACUCAUUCAUGUGCACUCCUUACUUGAGGAAUAUGUAUUUAACGGCAAUAACUUUACUUGGAAUUGCAACUAUCAUAGUUUCCUUAUUCCCUGCUUUUCAGAAUCCUAAAUACCGGUCGUGUAGAGCAAUAUUGUUUUCGGGAAUGGCUAUCUGGGGUAUCGCCCCAGUUGUGCAUAAGGUUAUACUCCAUAAGGAUCAACCUGAGGCUCUUCACACAACAGCUUAUGAGAUUGGCAUGGGUUGUUUCUAUGUAUUGGGUGUAUUGGUUUAUGCAACGAGAAUUCCAGAGAGAUGGAAGCCUGGUAAAUUUGACAUUGCUGGUCACAGCCAUCAGCUGUUUCACAUUCUUGUGAUUGCAGGAGCCUAUACACACUACCAAGCAGGUCUUUUGUACCUUAAAUGGCGGGAUUUGAAAGGAUGUUAAGUCUGAGUUUCAUUGUUUGCAAAUGCUCGCAUAUAUGUGCUAUUCCGGCUCCUUUUUCAUAAUUUGCAGAAAGGGUGUUGUAUUAUUGUUUAACCAGAUUUGUAAGUCCAAUUAUUUUAGUUUAGUCUAGUUACUAACUAGUGAAAUGAUGAGUGUAGUGGAUAUAAUCAUGAACAAGCUCUGAUGUUGUAUUUUGGCGUAAAGCCAAGUUAUCGAGUUAUUUAUUUGAGUUUGAAGAAAUCAUGAACAAGCUCUGAUGUUGUAUUUUGGUCCAAAGAUGUAAGCGAUCUGACUUAAAAAAUGUAAAGUUAUUUAUUUCUAAUUAUGUUCCAUGAUGUUCCAUGAAUAAAGAUUGUAAUUUCUAUA